AUGGUUCUCGACAUGACUCCCAUUCAACAUAACCUGCGCGAUGAUUUGAUUAAGAAGUGUGACCAACAACUGAUGCGCUCAUUGGGUUGGGCAAUAUUCAUACAAUGUUGUUUAAUAAUAUGGAUUUUCUCAUGGCUCACUAGUGACACUGGUGACAAGGCUGCCGAUACAAAAUACGUCGGUUUGCAUUUGGUCUCUGGUCGCUUGGGUAAUCAGUUAUUCCAUCUAAUAUCUGGCUAUGCUAUUGCUAAAAGCAUUGGACGAGUUCACUAUUUGCCAUACGAGAAGGAGCAUAUGGAAGUCGUCUUGAAGUACUUGGAACUGUUCAAGCGAGUGUUUCCUGCACUGGAAAGAACAUACAUCUUAGGGCAGAUUGGGAUAAAUGCAACUGUUGUGCCAUUCGCUAACCAUUCUUGUUGUACUUAUGAUAAUCCUAAACGGUGA